AUGUCGGUCCCUGCCCCGGGCUGCAGCCUGAAGGACGAGCUGCUGUGCCCCAUCUGCCUGGGCCUCUAUCAGGAGCCGGUGAGCUUCGGCUGCGAGCAUUACUUCUGCCGGCGCUGCAUCUCGGAGCACUGGAGCCGCCAGGAGGCCCAGGCGGCUCCGGCCCGCGACUGCCCCGAGUGCCGCCGGGCUUUCUCCGCCCCUGCCCUGGCUCCCAGCCUCAAGCUGGCCAACAUCGUCGAGCGCUUCACCGCCUUCCCGCCCGAGGCCGCCCUGGGAGGCGCCGGCAGGGGAGGUCGAGGCGGAGGGACGCCCUGCGGGAAAGCCCACGCCAAAGUCCGCCUCUUUUGCCUGACCGACCGCGCCGUCGUCUGCUUCUUCUGCGACCGGCCCGCCCUCCACGAGCAACACCAGGUCACCGGGCUGGACGAGGCCUUCGAGGAGAUGCAGAGGGAGCUGAAGGAGCAGCUGCAGACCCUCCAGGACAGCGAGCGUGGGCACACGGAAGCCCUGGUUCUGCUGAAGCAUCAGCUGGCCGAGACCAAGUCCUCGGCCAAGGGCUUGCGGGCCACCAUCGGUGAAGCCUUUGAGCGACUGCAUCGGCUGCUCCGCGACCGCCAGAAGGCCAUGCUGGAGGAGCUGGAGGCUGACACGGCCCGGACGCUGACUGACAUCGAGCAGAAGAUCCAGCGCUACAGCCUGCAGCUGCGUAAAGUGCAGGAAGGUAGCCAGAUCCUGCAGGAAAGACUGGCGGAAACCGACAAGCACAACUUCCUGGCGGGCAUCGCCUCUCUCUCGGAGAGGCUGAAGGGGAAGAUCCACGAAACGAGUCUCACCUAUGAGGAUUUCCCCACAUCGAAAUACAUGGGGCCUCUGCAGUACACCAUCUGGAAAUCCCUCUUCCAGGACAUCCAGCCAG